AUGGUUUCUUUCUCUUGCGAAGCCUGUGGUGAUGUCCUCACCAAGAAAAAGCUCGACCCUCAUCGCGGCCAAUGUCGCGGCGCUUCCUUCACCUGUAUCGAUUGCAUGGUACAUUUCUAUGGAACCGAGUAUAGAGCUCACACGUCAUGUAUGAGCGAGGCGCAAAAAUACCAGGGUGCUCUGUACAAGGAGAAGCCGACCAAGAAUCAGAAGAAAGGUCAGAACAACCAGAACAACCAAAAGCAGAUCGCGAAUGCGAAACAAAACCCCAACGGCCGCCACCAGCAACCCCGUGUGGAGGAUGGCUCAGAUGGCGAGGGUCUCAAGACCGUUCUUCCCCCUCCUGCUCCUACACCCCCACCUAUUGAUGAGGUCCGCACUCCCGCUCCGGCCAAUGACAAGCCUGUCAAUGUGUUCGACUAUUUGGUCGCCGAAGAGACCCCGAACGCAUCCAAGGUCACUCUUGCCGAGCCCAAGGAGCAGAUGACGAUGAAGACCAACGCGAAAUCAGUAUUCGAGCCCAGUGAGUCCCUGGCUCGUUUCGAGGCGAACCCUACUACGGAUGACGAGGGUAAGAAUUACGACGUGGCAUACAACGAGCACGGCUUUUCCUAUGGCGCCGGUAGCAUUCCCCACUCGAACUCGCCCCCUAACAUAUCAACAGAGUUCGUCACCCCCGCACCUAAGAAGAAGAAGGACCGCAAGGAGAAGGCCCCCGGCACCGUCAGCGAGAAAAAGCGCAAGCGCGGCCAACCAGAGGCCCUCAGCACUCCCCGCGAGGAAGUCGACACCCCAAUGAUGGAGGCCCCUUCAAGCAUUAUCAACAAUGCCGGCACCCCAAUGCUCAAACACUCCGGUCUCACCGGCGGCUUAAACCGCAUGAUGCGCUCGCCCUCCCCAGGCGACGACAGCCCGGAAACCCACCGCCGCGCGUACCAAGAUACCUCAUCCCCGAUCAAGCGCAGCCGUCGCAACGGCAAAGAAGCCAACGGACACGGUGACUCAGGCCUUGGAAUCUCGAUGAAGAACCGCGCCGAGCGUCUCGUCUCCUCAAUGUUCGGCGGCUCGGUUGUCUCCAGCACCAGUGGUACAGAACCCAACCACAAAACUGUCGUCCGCGCCCGCCGCGGCAGCGACUCCAGCGCUGAGGACCAGCUCGAAGUCCGCAAAAGCAAGAAGUCGCACCGCUCCCGCGCCUCUCCCGAAGAAACCCGCAAAUCCAAGCGCAAGAGCAGCAACCCCACCGACGACAGACCCACCCGCCGCCUGAAGCAGAUCGACGAGCGCCGCGGGUUAGCGGACUCGACCAGUCACCAGGUCACAGUCUACAACCAGUCGAAGCAGCCUGCGCGUACAGAUGAGGAUCUGCAGCGUGAGCUCGCCCACCACUUCCUUUCAUUUGUGCCGAGCGGUGCCGCUGCCGAGCGCGGAUUCUCGAUUAACAAGACGCUGAAGCGUUUCCACCGCGAUCUCUCGGGUGAUGAUCGGGAGCGCAGACUUGAGGAUGAGAAGGAUCUUUGGAGGGCUUUGCGGUUGGGACGGAAUGAUCGCGGCGAGAUUGUGGUUUUCAUCUAA